ACUCACAGGUGAUGGUUGGAAGUUGACCCGCGUGGGUGACGAACCAUGGAGUUCUCGUUAGGGAUUAUCGCGGAUUUAAUGUGACUUCACCUGUUGCUCUGUUUUCCGGGUUUCUUGUCGGGACUAAAAUGUUGUCGCCCCCACGCAGCCUGCCGCGUCCCAAGGUGAUGAGCGCCGAGGAGCGCGAGCGUCUUCGCGCCCUUUUCCACGCCUACGACGCGGACCAGUCGGGCAGCAUCGAGAGGGGCGAGUUCUUCACCAUCUGCACGGAGCUGCACGUCAGCCCCACCGAGGCCGAGCGCAUCUUCAACCAGCUGGACGUGGACAAGGACGGCACCAUCACCAUGGCCGAGUUCAUCAACGGCUUCCACGACCGACACCAGCAGCCGUCGCCGCCGCCGCCGCGGGACGACGGCCAGGAGCCGAGCACCGCCGCGUGGGAGGACUUCGUGGCCCGGCUGGGCGAGCAGAGCAAGUUCGUCCCCAAGCAGGAUCAAGUGGCGACGCUGUACCACAACAUCAGUAUGAAUGAGCCCAGGCUUAUUCCACAGCUGGAGAAAGUUCUCCUCUGCUUCACCAAGGAGAUCAAGCAGCAGAACUCUGAGAUGGAGAACCUAGCAUUGGCCAUCAGGCGUGCGCAGGACCAAGCCUCCAUGCAGCUCAGCGAGAUGGAGGAGGAAAUGGACCAACGCAUACAUGCUGCUGAGAGGAAAACACGAGCCCAGGAGAAGAAGCGAGCAGAGGACGAGCUCAACGAUUUGAGAAGAGGUUAUGAAACUGAAGUGUGUGAGCUCCAGUGUAAGAUCCAGAGGAUGCAAAUGAUCGAAGAGAAGUACAAAAACAUCACUGUGAAGGACGAGAGUCCUGGCCUGAAGAAGAAGAUCAACGAGCUCACACUGGACAAUCAGCGGUUAAAACAGGAACUGCUCAAAUCUCAGACCAAAGUGGCGUGUCUGCAAAGCGACAUGGACUCUCUCAAGAACGAGCUGACCGACCAAAGCAUGAACUCAGAGAGAGACGAGGAGCUCAUGGAGCACUUCUCUGACGAGCGCGACAUCCUGGAGAGUCAGAUUGACAUCCUGCAGACAGCCAACAGGAAGCUCCACGACAGCAACGACAGCCUGAGAGCUGCAUUGGAGAGGCUCAAUAAGUCCGGUAACAGCGGGUCAUCGGGUAACACAAAGGACAAAGGCAGAAGUAAAAGCAUCUGUUACACUUCCCCGUACGCUUUGGACAGGUUCUGCCAGCGCCCGGACGACUACACAAUGUUCGGCCGCCGGCCCAGCAUCGACUCCUUGGCGUUGGCGCAGUGCGACCCGGGGCUGCGGAGGCGCAACAGCAGCGAUUGCGAGGAGGACAGUCUGCCCGAGAUCUACAUGGACAGCGGCCUGUCCACGCUGCGAGGAUCGCACGGCGGUUACGACUCUGAGCAGGAAGCCAAAGGCCUGGAAGAGGACGACGAGGUGGAGGAUAGGGGGAAGAAGAAAAUGGAGUUCACUGACAGCCUGAUUGAAGAAACGUCUGACGCUGAGCCAACAGAGACGCAGGAUGUCGAGUCAGCAUUUGGCUCAGACGGCAGUUCAGUUUUGGACUGGAAGCCAUCUGAACCCAUUCCCGUAUUCGCAUCUGCGCCCCCGCCCACACCUGAGGCCCCGCCCACACCUGAGGCUCCGCCCACCCGAAAAAACAUCAGUGCCAUCAGCGUGGAGCCACCAGAGACGCAGGACGUCGAGUCGGCAUUUGGCUCAGACAGCAGUUCAGGUUUGGACUGGAAGCCAUCUGAACCCUUUCCCGUAUCAGCUUCUGUGGCCCCGCCCACACCUGUGGCUCCGCCCACUCGAAAAGCCAUCAGUGCCAUCAGCGUGAAGGAGGGCAGGUCCGAUCUUGGCUACAUGACAUCAGAAAAGGCCUACAGGAUUGUCCUGGCGGGGGACGCCGCUGUGGGGAAGUCCAGCUUCCUGCUUCGUCUUUGCAUGAACGAAUUCAAGAUGAACUCCAACGCAACCCUCGGCGUUGAUUUCCAAAUGAAGACGCUUGUAGUGGACGGACAGCCCACUCUGUUGCAAAUUUGGGACACCGCCGGACAGGAGAGAUUUCGCAGUAUCGCAAAGUCGUAUUUCCGGCGAGCGGACGGCGUGUUGCUGCUCUACGAUGUCACGUGCGAGAAGAGUUUCCUGAGUGUGAGGGAGUGGGUGGACAUGAUUGAGGACAUGUCUCAGGAGGACAUCCCCAUCAUGCUGAUUGGUAAUAAGUGUGACCUCAGACAAGAAGCAGCCAACUGUGUCCCCACCAGCUAUGGAGAGAAACUAGCUAUGACGUACAACACUCUCUUCUGUGAAACCAGCGCCAAAGAUGGCUCCAACAUAGUGGAAGCUGUGCUGCAUUUAGCCAGGGAGGUGACCAAACAUGCCACGUUUGAUGAAAAGUGUCACUUUCAGUCACUGCCAAACUUGGACGCUCCUAGGAAAAAACCCAACUUCUCCUGCUGCACUUGAUCGACUCGUCAGGCCUGGACUUUUUUUAUUGGGCCCGAUGAGGACAAACGGGAGAUGAAAUGAGACAGAAUGUUAACGGGACUUCAGCGAAAUGAACAAGGCUUUUGCACAGGAAGCGGAAUUGCAGCAGAAAUUGUUGCUUCUCCUUUUUGGUCAUUCCAUGAUUUUUUGGAAUGUUUGCCAUCAUCUCGUGUCGCUUAUUUCACGCAAUGUUUGCAUGCAUGAAGAGAUGUCGUCGCAGAAGGAAAGAGGUGUGAAGGCAAGUAGCGUAAAUGCUUUGAAUUAUGGCCGCGGCAACAGAACCAAUAUUGCAAUAAUCAGCCAGCGUUAACAGAACACAUGAUUUUUACACCAACUGCCACCCAUUUUAAAGUGCAUGCAGAGGUCCAUAUAAGUCACUUUUUUUUUUUACCUGAAAUAAUGAUCUGGAGUGCAUGAGAAAGGGGAAAACAAUUGCUGUUUUUGACCAAGCUGUCAUUAGUUUUAAAGUUUUAUUAUAUAUAUAGUAUAAAGUAUAUAUUUGUUGCACAACAGCGCAGCAACAGAACCAAUGUUGUAAUAAUCAGGCAGCGUUAACAGAACACGUGAUUUUUACACCAACUGCCACCCAUUUUAAAGUGCAUGCAGAGGUCCAUAUAAGUCACUUUUUUUAGCCUGAAAUAAUGAUCUGGAGUGCAUGAGAAAGGGGGGGAAAUAGAUGUUUUUGACCAAGCUGUCAUUAGUUUUAAAGUAUUAGUAUAUAUAUAGUAUAAAGUAUAUAUCUGUUGCACAACACUGCAGCAACAGAACCAAUGUUGUUAUAAUCAGCCAGCGUUAACAGAACACGUGAUUUUUACACCAACUGCAACCCAUUUUAAAGAGCAUGCAGAGGUCCAUAUAAGUCUUUUUUUUUUUUUUUAACCUGAAAUAAUGAUCUGGAGCGCAUGAGAAAGGAGGGGGGAAAUAGCUGUUUUUGACCAAGCUGUCAUUAGUUUUUAAGUGUUUGUAUAUAUAUAGUAUAAAGUAUAUAUCUGUUGCACAACACCGCAGCAACAGAACCAAUGUUGUAAUAAUCAGCCAGCGUUAACAGAAUACGUGAUUUUUACACCAACUGCAACCCAUUUUAAAGUGCAUUCAGAGGUCCAUAUAAGUCACUCUUUUUUUAACCUGAAAUAAUGGUCUGGAGUGCAUGAGAAAGGGGGAAAAAAAUUGCUGUUUUUGACCAAGCUGUCAUUAGUUUUAAAGUGUUAGUAUAUAUAUAUAUAUAUAUAUAUAUACUGUAUAAAUAUAGUAUAAAGUAUAUAUAUGUUGCACAACACUGCAGCAACAGAACCAAUAUUAUAAUAAUCAGCCAGCGUUAACAGCGGCAUAGCUCGGUUGGUAGAGUGGCCGUGCCAGCAACUUGAGGGUUCCAGGUUCGAUCCCCGCUUCCGCCAUCCUAGUCACUGCCGUUGUGUCCCUGGGCAAGACACUUUACCCACCUGCUCCCGGUGCCACCCACACUGGUUUAAAUGCAACUUAGAUAUUGGGUUUCACUAUGUAAAGUGCUUUGAGUCACUAGAGAAAAAGCGCUAUAUAAAUAUAAUUCACUUCACAACAUAUGAUUUUUACACCAACUGCCACCGAUUUUAAAGUGCAUGCAGAGGUCCAUAUAAGUCACUUGUGAUUUUAUUUUAUUUUUUUACCUGAAAUAAUGAUCUGGAGUGCAUGAGAAAGGGGGGAAAAAUUGCUGUUUUUGACCAAGCUGUCAUUAAUUAUAAAGUGUAUUCAGUGGCCUUGUGGUUCGAGUGUCCGCCCUGAGAUCGGUAGGUCGUGAGUUCAAACCCCGGCCGAGUCAUACCAAAGCCUAUAAAAAUGGGACCCGUUACCUCCCUGCAAGGGUUGGUGGAAUUGGGGGUUAAAUCACCAAAAUGAUUCCCGAGUGUGGCCACCGCUGCUGCUGCUCACUGCUCCCCUCACAAGGCGAUGGGUCAAAUGCGGAGGGUCAUUUCACCACACCGAGUGUGUGUGUGACUAUCAGUGGUACUUUAAAUAACUUUAACACCGCUGCAACAGAAUCAAUGCUGCAGAAAACUGCCUCGUCAGCAUUAUUGUGGCGAUUGUAAACGCACCAUUUUUACACCAGCAACUCAGCAGAAAUAUUUUAAAGCACAGAUAGAGGUAGAUAAUACAUUUUCUUUUUUUUUUUAAACAAUAAUAAUUUAAUAUAGACCAGAUGCUUUUGCAGGCCUCACACCUGGCGACUAUAUGAACGAUGAUGAAAUGGAGGCAUGUAUUUACUUUAUGUGUAGUAAACAUGACUCGUACCAUGAAGAAUCAUUUACUCUUAAAACGUGCUUUUAAGAACAAACUGUUUAUCUGUGACAAGACUUUUAAAAAGUACUCAUUUGAACCUGUUCCUGUGUCUGCCCUACAGUGUUACGCUUCCAGCACAUUCCCAGUUCAUCUGUGCGAAUACUCGCAAUAUUAAUAGUGAUGGUCCGAGCAAGUGACGAGACGGAGAAGACAAGUUUUAUCCCAGCAGGCACAAGGCAUGAAAACAACGUUGAGAACUUGUCGAGUUAGGUGAGCAACUCAAACCUAACGUUGAAACGACGUGCUUUUAGACGACGUUUAAUCCAUGUUGGGUUCUGACGUUGAUUUGACCUUUGAAUUUUGGUCAUUUCCCAACAAAUAUCCUACAACACAAAUCAUACUUGCCAACCUUGAGACCUCCAAUAUCGGGAGGUUGGGGGUGUCGGGGGGCC